GCAGGAUGAUCCCGGUGGCUGAGUUCAAGCAGUUCACGGAACAGCAGCCCGCCUUCAAGGUGCUCAAGCCCUGGUGGGACGUGCUGGCCGAGUACCUGACGGUGGCCAUGCUCAUGAUUGGGGUCUUUGGCUGCACCCUCCAGGUGACCCAAGACAAGAUCAUCUGUCUGCCCAGUCAUGAACCCCAGGAGAACUCAUCAGAGGCCCCGUGCCAGCAACUGCUGCCACAGGGGGUCUCGGAGCAGAUGGGGGGCCUCCGGGAGGUGAGCGGACUCAAGAACAAUCUGGACCUGCAGCAGUACAACUUCAUUAACCAGCUCUGCUACGAGACGGCCCUCCACUGGUACGCCAAGUACUUCCCCUACCUGGUUGUCAUUCACACACUCAUCUUCAUGGUCUGCACCAGCUUCUGGUUCAAGUUCCCUGGCACCAGCUCCAAGAUCGAACACUUCAUCUCCAUCCUGGGCAAGUGUUUUGAUUCGCCGUGGACCACACGGGCCCUGUCCGAGGUCUCUGGGGAGAACCAUAAGGGCCCGGCUGCUGGACGGGCCAUGGCCACCAUGGUGGCCUCUGCAGGGGCCGGGCUGGGGAAGGCAGAUGAGGAGGAGAAGGAGAAAGUGCUGGUGGAGCCUGAGAAGGUGGUGACUGAGCCACCGGCUGUCACGCUCCUAGACAAGAAAGAGGGUGAGCAGGCCAAAGCCUUGUUUGAGAAGGUCAAAAAGUUCCGUGUGCAUGUGGAAGAGGGUGACAUCCUCUACACGAUGUACAUCCGGCAGACGGUGCUCAAAGCAUGCAAGUUCCUUGCCAUCCUGGUCUACAACCUCGUCUAUGUGGAGAAGAUCAGCUUCCUGGUGGCCUGCAGGGUGGAGACCUCCGAGGUCACCGGCUAUGCCAGCUUCUGCUGCAACCACACCAAGGCCCACCUCUUCUCGAAGCUGGCCUUCUGCUACAUCUCCUUUGUGUGCGUCUAUGGGAUCACCUGCCUCUACACGCUCUACUGGCUCUUCCACCGGCCCCUUAAAGAAUACUCCUUCCGUUCUGUGCGGGAGGAGACGGGCAUGGGGGACAUCCCAGAUGUCAAGAAUGACUUUGCCUUCAUGCUGCACCUCAUCGACCAAUAUGACUCUCUCUACUCCAAGCGCUUUGCUGUCUUCCUCUCCGAGGUCAGCGAAAGCCGCCUGAAGCAGCUCAACCUCAACCACGAGUGGACGCCCGAGAAGCUUCGGCAGAAGCUACAGCGCAACGCACGGGGCCGGCUGGAGCUGGCCCUCUGCAUGCUCCCUGGACUGCCCGACACUGUCUUCGAGCUCAGCGAGGUGGAGGCGCUCCGGCUGGAGGCUAUCGGGGAUAUCACCUUCCCCCCAGGGCUGUCACAGCUGGUGCACUUGCAGGAGCUCAGUUUGCUUCACUCACCGGCCAGGCUGCCCUUCUCCUCACAGAUCUUCCUACGGGACCGCCUGAAGGUGAUCCGCAUCAAAUGUGAGGAGCUCCGAGAGGUGCCCCUCUGGGUGUUCGGGCUUCGUGGCCUGGAGGAGUUGCACCUGGAGGGGCUCUUCCUCCCAGAACUGGCUCGGGCGGCCACCCUCGAGAGCCUCCGGGAGCUGAAGCAGCUCAAGGUGCUGUCCCUACGGAGCAAUGCCGGGAAGGUGCCAGCCAGUGUGACUGAUGUGGCGGGGCAUCUGCAGCGUCUCAGCCUGCACAAUGAUGGGGCCCGCUUGCUCGCCCUCAACAGCCUCAAGAAGCUGGUGGCAUUGCGGGAGCUGGAGCUGGUGGCCUGUGGGCUGGAGCGCAUCCCCCAUGCCAUCUUCAGCCUGGGGGCGUUGCAGGAACUUGACCUCAAGGACAACCACCUGCGGUCCAUCGAGGAGAUCCUCAGCUUCCAGCACUGUCGAAAGCUGGUCACACUUAGGCUUUGGCACAACCAGAUUGCCUAUGUCCCCGAGCACGUGCGGAAGCUCAGGAGCCUUGAACAGCUCUACCUCAGCCACAACAAACUCGAAACCCUGCCCACCCAGCUCGGCCUGUGCUCCAGCCUCCGUCUGCUAGAUGUGUCCCACAAUGGGCUGCACUCCCUGCCACCAGAAGUGGGCCUCUUGCAGAACCUGCAGCACCUAGCUGUCUCCUACAAUGCCCUCGAGGCCCUGCCGGAUGAGCUCUUCUUCUGCCGCAAGCUACGGACAUUGCUUCUGGGCUUUAACCACCUGAGCCAGCUCUCGCCACACGUGGGGGCCCUCAGAGCCCUCAGCCGCCUGGAGCUCAGCGGCAACCGGUUGGAGGCUCUGCCAGAAGAACUUGGCCACUGUGCAGGGCUCAAGAAGGCGGGUUUGCUGGUGGAGGACACCCUUUAUGAGGGCCUGCCAGCAGAGGUGCGAGAGAAGAUGGAGGAGGAGUGAAGCCAGGGUUGGGCAGGUGGAGGUAGAGGCCUGUGGAUGCUUCUGCUCCAGAAUCUCCACUAUUGUCUUCCAAGGGAGGUGACCAAGUAGGCCCAGGCCAGGAGAGGAGGGGCCAACAUGUCAGCCUGGUGGGGCCCAGACAAGAUCCUGGGACUGGUUUGUCUAGGGAGAGACAGGAGGUUGUGGAUUUGGGGUGGAACCCCAUUUGGAGGGAUUAACUCAGUCAUAGGAUUCUCAGACCAAAACCACACCUGUCUCUUUGGCUGGCUGGCUUGCAUCCAGCCCUACACCAGAACUGCUACCACCCCCCUGGACAUUGCAGCUCAAUUAGUGCCACAUAUGGGAUGGGGGCACAUCCCAAUGGGAUUUCCAACCCUCUCCCCCUGCCCCAACAAAGCAGCUUAUGUCUGGGGUUCUCUCCCAAGGAGGGGACACAGACACAAGGACCAGCUCCCCACCCCCUUACCCUAACUCUGAUGCUAAUCCCUUAUUUAUAAAUUGUUUACUAAGGACAUGUGAACGCAGAACAAUGGUUCUCAUAUUUAGCAGUGCAACAAAAUCAACUGGGAAGCUAGCACAAAACAAAACAUCCCCAGCCCCACCCCUGAAAGACUGACUCAGAAGGUUUGGGUAGAGGCCAGGAACCUGCUCAUAAAUAAGCAUCCCAGGUAAUUCUGAUUGCAGGUGGUCCUAAGACUGCAUGUUGGGAAACGCUGACCUAAAGAAUAAGUAUCCAUGGUUGGUUAGAGCAUGGUGUUA